AGAGUCCAUUAAGUAAUCCGACUGAACCAAUGGAUUUAUAAACCAAGUCAAAUUUGAUUAGUAGACAAAGUAUAUAUAUUCGCUAGUAUGCAAUCUCAUCUUAGUUAGGAACAGCGGUCCAAAUGAAGUUUCUAUAUCUUAUAUUACUGGCCACGUCAGUGACUGGCCGAUUCACUGAUGAUUUUUACAACCAUUUGGCCAAGGAUUAUGCCAACAAGAAUCUUAUUUCCUCGCCCCUUUCCGUCGACAUUGCCCUGAGUAUGGCCUACAUGGGAGCUGGGGGAAAUACAGCCCGAGAAAUGAGGGCUGUCCUGAAGUUACCCGCAGAUAAAAAGGAGGUGGCUCGUAAAUACAAGCAACUUCUGACCAACCUCGAGGGUCGCGAGAAGGCAGCCAUGCUCCAUCUGGCCAACCGCAUUUACGUCAACGAUCGCUUCACUAUAAAUCCGGAGUUUAAUCAAGUGGUCAAGGACUCCUUUAAGGCCGAAGCGAAGGCUAUCAGCACAAUUGAACCUGAUAAAGCCGCCUCGAUCGUCAAUAAGUGGGUGAGCAACCAGACGCGCAGCAGGAUCAAAACCAUUAUUGAGAAAGAGCAUAUAAUUCCGAAUGUGGUAAUGGUUCUGUUGAAUGCAAUUUAUUUUAAAGGCCAGUGGCAGUAUGAAUUCCCCGCUAAUAAUACCAAACAGUCCGAUUUUCGAACUGCUGACAACAAAACAGCUCCUGUCCAGAUGAUGUCGCUAUCGGGCGCGUUUAGGGCGGGAUUUCUUCCCGACUUGGGUGGCAGAGUGAUCGAGCUUCCAUACAGGAAUUCAAAUCUCUCCAUGGUCAUCUAUUUGCCGGUAAAAGUCGAUGGGUUGCCAGAACUGAUGAGGAAGAUCGCAGGCUUGCCCCUAAAGCUUCCACUGAUAAAUGUGCACUUAAAGCUUCCAAAGUUUAAAAUCGGAUUUUCCUCAGAGCUAAAGGAUACUCUUCGGACGAUGGGCAUACGAGAUGCAUUUUCUACUAAAGCGGAUUUUGGAGGUCUAGUUAAAAGGGCCAAUCCCCAGAUCACCAACGUCAUACACAAGGCCUUCAUUGAGGUUAACGAAGAAGGUGCCGAGGCAGCGGCUGCAACAGCUGUAGUAUAUGUCCCGACAUGUGCGACUUGCGGGAAACCAACGCCCUUGGAGUUCAAUGCUGAUCAUCCGUUUGCCUAUGUCAUUCGCGAUAGUGACACAAUUUACUUUCAGGGACACUUCGUAAAACCAGAAUAGGGAAGUAAGUAAAAGGAGACGGAAAGAGUGGUCACUCCGUUGACCAAUUUUUGAAUUAGAAAAGGCUUUUGUUUGUCUGAAAAAUAAAUAGUAAUAUAGGCACGA